CCCGCCGCUGCCUCUCCGCAAACUCAUCCAUCACCUUGAACCCCGUACUUUCUUCUCCUCCAUCCAUCUCUCAUCAUGACCAACCGUCUCCGUCAAAUUGCAUCGCACAUCACUGGCUCUGCCGAUGAUGUUGUCAUCAUCAAGGCCGUCCGCACCCCGCUCUGUAAGGGCUUCAAGGGGCCCUUCAAGGACACUCCAGUCGACCUCCUCGUCCUAGCCAUCCUCCGUGAGUUUGCACAGAACUCUGGCAUCGACCCUGCCGUCGUGGAUGAUAUCUGCGUCGGCAAUGUCUCGGGCGGCAGUAACGUUGCAUACAGUGCGCGUGGUGCCGCCUUGGCUGCUGGUUUCCCCUCCUCCACCUCGCUGCACACGCUGAACCGUUGGUGUUCCUCUGGUUUGGUGGCUACGCAAUCCAUUGCGAAUGCUAUUCGCUCCGGUGAGAUUGAAGUGGGUCUCGCACUGGGUGCAGAGAGCAUGUCUGCUGCACCCCGCGCCGACCCCGUCUUAAGCGAGGAGAUCCUUGCCAAUGCGCAGGCCAAGGACUGUACCAUGCCAAUGGGCUGGACUUCCGAGAAUGUUGCCUCUCGUUACAAUAUCAGCCGUCUUGACCAAGAUGCAUUUGCAGCUUCGAGCUUCCAAAAGGCAGAAGCCGCACAAAAGGCAGGUCGCUUUGAAGCAGAGAUUAUUCCAGUGACGGUCCAGGUCAAGGAUCCCAAGACGGGUGAGGCAAAGAUGGUGACGGUCACGCAAGAUGAUGGUAUUCGUUAUGGAACCACCAAGGAAUCCCUUGCAAAGCUCAAGCCUGCCUUUGGCAAAUUCGCUGGUCCCUCGGGCGGUGCUUCGACGGGUGGAAACUCAAGUCAGAUCACGGAUGGUUGUGCCGGUGUGCUCAUGAUGAAGCGUUCCAAGGCCCUCGAGCUCAACUUGCCCAUCCUUGCUCGCUUUGUCUGCGCUACGGCUAUUGGCUGUGACCCUGAAGUCAUGGGCAUUGGCCCAGCUCUCGCCAUCCCCAAGGCUCUCAAGCUUGCUGGCUUGACUGUGGCUGACGUGGAUUUAUUUGAGGUGAAUGAAGCCUUUGCCUCGCAGGCCCUGUACUCGUGCCGUGUCCUGGGAUUGCCAAUGGACAAGGUGAAUGUCAAUGGUGGUGCUAUUGCAUUGGGUCACCCACUCGGCUGUACUGGUGCCCGCCAGAUUGCUACGGGCGUGUCUGAGCUGCGUCGAUCAGGCAAGAAGGUGCUUGUCACCUCGAUGUGCGUUGGCACUGGUAUGGGUGUUGCUUCUGUCAUCAUUGCCGACUAGGCUUCUUGUCCGAUUGCCUUUGUAGUGGCCUCUGUCUCUUUUCCGGCUACGAUGGGACCAUAGUACCAUACAUGAUACAUAUAGUACACAGAAUACAGCAGCUGAACG